AUGGCCGCGCCCGCAACCCCACAGCCCCGCCUGCGCCACGGUGCCGCGGUGCUCCUGAUCCUCCGCACGGCUCUCGCCACCGCCCUCGCCUGCCACCACCUCCGUCCCCGCGACGCCACCUUCCCCUGGGACAGCACCCACCUCCUCCAGGCCAUGGCUCCCAGCCCCGCACAGCCCUGCCACCACCUGCACGACCCCUUCCCCUUCCCCGACACCCUCCUCCACACCAACCACCCACAGCAAGCCGCCGCCGCCGCUCACCGCCUCCUCCAGCGCCUCUUCGACACCCUCAGCAGCCCGAACAUCCCCCAACACUGGGACGCCCAGGCACGCCACCGCCUCCUCAACAGCCUCCAGCAUUACAAACAUGACUUGGAGCAAUGCCUGACAGCCAGCAGCAAGCUCUUCCAAGGCCAAGGGCUCCGCAAGCUGCUGCUCAAUGUCAACAAAUACUUUGGGCGCAUCCAGGACUUCCUCCGCACCCACGGCCACAGCGCCUGCGCCUGGGACCACGUCCGCCUGGAAGCUCGCCUCUGCUUCCAACGUGUGGACAUACUCAUACGGCAAAUGAAGAGCCGAGCCGCUCCUGCCCUCCACCAAAGCCACCCGCACCAAAUGCCCAUCCUGGGCCAGCGCCGGCAGCCACCGAUGCAGUGGAGGCAGCAGCAGCCGGGGGUGGGAUUGCUCAGUGCUGCUCACACCUCUGCCCAUCAGGAGCCUGUGCUGAGGGGGAAACGGGCAUGA